AUGUGGAAAGAGCUGUUCUCAGUAGCCUUCCUCCGGGCUGUGCUGGCAGAGUUCCUGGCCACCGCCAUCUAUGUCUUCUUCGGCCUGGGCUCGGUGCUGAAUUGGCCGGAGCCACCCUCCGUCCUGCAGAGCGCCAUCACCUUCAACUUGGCUGCAGCCACCGCUGUCCAGAUUUCCUGGCACGCGAGUGGGGCCCAUGUCAACCCAGCGGUGACCGUGGCCUUCCUGCUCGGCUCGCGCGUCUCCUUGGUGAAGGCGGCCUGCUACGUGGUUGCCCAGCUGGUGGGGGGCAUUGCCGGAGCAGCCGUCCUGUACGCAGUGACAGCUGCGGGCGUCCGAGGGAGCUUCGGCAUCAAUGCGGUGAGGAUCAACAUCUCACUUACACAAGCUGUGAUGGUUGAGCUCAUCCUGACCCUGCAGCUGGUCCUGUGCUAUUUUGCAUCCACUGACAGCCACCGAAGCACUGGCUCUCCGGCUAUCAUGAUUGGCGUCUCAGUUGCCCUGGGCCACUUAAUUGGGCAUUACUACUCCAGCAGUUCCAUGAAUCCAGCCAGAAGUUUUGGUCCAGCUGUUGUCGUUGGGAUGUUUCCAAACCACUGGGUGUUCUGGGUGGGUCCCUUGGCAGGGGCAGUCCUCGCGUCUCUGCUGUACAACUUCAUCCUUUAUCACGACCCAAAGACGUUUGCCCAGCGCCUGGCUAUUCUCAAGGGCAGCUACAAUGCGGAAGAGCUAGUGAAGGAGGGAGGCCAGCCAACAGAGCCGAUAUCGUUACCCACUCUUGUACACAGACUGUAGCCUCUCCGCUCCCUAUAGAAGAGCACUGAUGGCUUCUCCCACUAUAGGAAGAGCUCAGCAGGAGACCCUGGGCACUUCCAGGAGGAGGCCUCCUGGUGCAACUCCUCAGCAGGCAUCGUGCAACAAAUCUGCCUUUUUCCUUAAUGGAGUUCCUGCAGUGAUCGGAAAGACGGAAGACCCACAGGAGGGCUGCAGACUCUGCUACCUGGAUCCCACUACAGUGUCAUGACUUAAGCCUGGAGAUAGCAUGAUAAAAGGCUUGUCGGGAAGCAUCAGAAAGCGCUGGGCACGUUCUUCCAGCACUGGCCACUAGAGGACCCCAACUGCUUUUUCUCUGAAGUGUGUGGUUUCGGCUGAGUACAUAGACUCGGUUAUAUGCAUUGCGCAGUGCAAAAUCUACAAAAGGCUCUCUUGGCAAGGGGAGCCCUGGACAGUAGGCACUUCUAGCUGGUGUUAGAUGAGCACAGGUUGCUCCGAGACCUGCACAGAGGUAUCGAAUGCCAUUAUAGUGAAGAAGAAACCACUGGAGAGGCACACGGCUUGCUGUACAGUCUAACCUCAGGUUGACAGAGAUUGGCUUUGUCAUGCAAAACGAUUCAAAAAGGGAGAGGAAAGUACUAAUAAACCGAACUGCUGCUGCUGCUGCUGAAAGGGCCCUUGGCCGAUUUUUCCAGGUUAACAGCAUGAUUGCUCAUGAUCCAAAAAGCAGGUGUUGGCUACUUUACAUCCAACAAGGACUGGGGCCACUUGGAUGGGUGUCCGCUGAAGCCAUUGGCAUCUCUUCACACCAGCACGCUUCUGAUCCAGAUGUCCGAGGCACUUGCGGAAGAAGUUGCUCUCUGUGGCACAAAGCAGCCUCCCUGUGGCUGAAGGAACAGCUGUCCGAGGGCUUCUGCUGUGGGUUGUGCUUCCAGGAGCUCAAGCCUAAAAAGCCUAAAAAAGGCCUAAGAGCCUUUCUUCAGCUGCUCCUUGGGCCCUGCUGAGAGCAUAACUGUGACUUGAGAAGAGUCAUGAAGCCCCUGGAAAAGAAUAGAAAAAAACCAGGGGAAAAUCCUUCGUUUGUCGCAAAACAUUU